AUGGAUGACUUUGGCCUACCGUGGGUUGAGAAAUACCGGCCUCAAACAUUAGCUGAUGUGGUUGGAAAUGAGUCGACAGUUCAGCGUCUCAAAGUCUUUGCUGUUGAGGGAAACGUACCCCAUAUAGUCAUCUCUGGACCACCAGGCUGCGGGAAAACGACAUCGAUUUGGGCAAUGGCUCGGGAAAUGCUUGGCCCAAAGCUCAAAGAGGCUUGCUUGGAGCUCAACGCAUCAGAUGAUCGAGGAAUUGAGGUUGUGCGCAACAAAAUCAAAGGAUUCGCUCAGACCAAAGUUACACUUCCUCAUGGAAAGCACAAAAUCAUCAUUCUUGACGAAGCCGACUCAAUGACAGAGGGGGCUCAGCAAGCGCUUCGUCGAAUCAUGGAAAUCUACAGCAAGACUACCCGGUUUGCUCUUGCUUGCAACCAAUCCGAGAAGAUUAUUGAACCCAUUCAAUCACGGUGCGCAAUCAUUCGUUAUUCGAAGUUGACUGAUGCUCAAAUGCUGAUGAGGCUUCAAGACGUUUGCCAGGCGGAACAUGUUUCCUACAAUGAUGAAGGAUUGGCUGCAAUUCUCUUCACGGCGCAAGGCGAUAUGAGACAAGCUCUGAAUAACUUACAGUGCACGGUCUCUGGUUAUGGAAAUGUAAAUGCGGAAAACGUUUUCAAGGUCUGCGAUGAACCUCAUCCUCAACUGAUGCUUGAAAUGUUAAACUAUUGUGUUGAAGGACGACUUCUUCUAGCUGCCUCUAUAAUUCACGAUCUUUACAAACUUGGAUAUUCACCCGAUGACAUUAUUUCGAAUCUUUUUCGUGUAUGCAAAGCCGCCGAGAUUCCACAAUAUCUAAAAAUGGAGUUUGUAAAGGAGAUUGCCGAGGCUCACUUGCGAGUUGUCGACGGGCUGGCUACGAUCACCCAACUCUCUGGCCUCGUAGCGAAAUUGUGUAAUGUUCGACAGCGACUCCAA